AGCCGACAUCGUUCGCCGUCCACGCAACUCGCACCACCAUCCUCCAUCGCAGAGCCCAGCUCAAUCCGUGUCGGAGCGCUCGACCGCCGCAUCUCCCCCCCGCUGCCGCCGACGAACAAUCCCCCCCGUGCAGCGCCCAAUUCGACGGACACAAUGGCUGUCUCGACCCUCGCCCGCCCCAUGCUCCGCUCGCCGGCGCUCCGGAUGGCCUCGCGCCGCUUCGAGAGCACUGCCGCCAGCAAGGCCACCGAGGCUGCCAAGGACACCGCCAGUAAGGCUCAGCAGGGCCUCUCGCGCGUGACGAGCGCUGCCGGCCCUGCCAUCGCCGGCGCGGCCAAGGGCGUCACCAACGCCCUGGGCCGCAUCGGCGGGCGCACUGGCAAGGCCAUUGCCUUUGUUGAGCGGCAAACCCCCUUCGUCGUCUACUACUCCAAGGUCGGCCUGGAGCUCGGCAAGCUCGUGUUCCAGGGCCAGAAGAUGAGCCCUCCUUCCAUGGCCACCUUCCAGACCUACUACCAGAACCUGUGGCGCUCCAUCCAGACUGGCACCAUCUUCCAGGCUCCCGCCAACCUCCUCCAGUCCGUCCGCAGCCUCAGCACCGCGCAGCUGGCCACUGGCGGCGUCAUCCUGGCUGAGUGUCUCGGCUUCUUCACCGUUGGCGAGAUGAUUGGCCGCCUCAAGCUCGUCGGCUACCACGGCGAGACCGCCCACCACUAAGCGGUCGUGUCGCCAAAAGUGAGGGACCACAGAGCCGAGAGCUCUGCGAGUGCCGAUUACUCCGUAUAAGAGACUCUGGCUGGAUAGACGAGGAGGACUGGGUCGCAAAAAAAAAAAAUAGACAGUUCCUGGGUUGAUGUGCACAUCAUGGCGCGAGACGGCAGUACAGGGCGGAUUGUCACCACUUCCUGACACUGCAUCCCCGGGGCGAGGAGGACGAGGGCGAGCGAUGGUGCCAUCCUUGCCGGGAUGCGCAAACUGCAGGGCCUUGUACCUGUUUGUUUCUAUCUUUUUCCUUUGUGUGAACUACUACUGUACAUCAGAUGCAUAGCAAUCAUGGCGGGUCGCGUCACCGACUGUGGAGGAAUGAAUCCAAUACGAAGGCGAGGGCUUCUCCGCGGAUGAACGAAGACAAGUUCCCGCUAUGUUUAUGUGCAAAAGGAUUCAUCUGCUUCGGAAGCAUGUCGCGGUCGCCGACAUGAGCUUACAGAGAGUUCAGGUGUCGCUGUCAUCACGCCCACGG